AUGGCUUUGAAAGCACAAAAUUCGAAGCUUGAACAAGUGAAUGAGUUGAGCAGAACAUUACUAGAUACCAAAGCGAAGUUGGCAGAGAAACAAAGCGUUAUUGAAUCUCUCAAGAAACAAAUCUCAACUCAGCCCCUCUCUACUUCUCGCUCUGUUAGACCGGUGGAAUCCAGUUUUACCGAACCUGAGAGUAACAGAAAUAUGCUGAAUACAGAGUACGAAGACUUGAGAAAUGACUUGAGAAUGGCUGAAGGUCAAGUUAAUGAAUUCAGCAACAUUGCAAAGGCUGCUGAAGAAGCGCUCAUGGCAGCAACAGAAUCCUAUGAUAAGUAUAAAGUUGAGUGUGAUGAGAAAAUGAAAUUAUUGGAGAAGGAAAAAGAGCUACUCUCAGAACAAGUGACAAACCAAGCGACUACAAUAGAGGGUCUCCAGAAGAAUUUGCUGGAAGCUGAAGAUAAAUUCAUUUCUGAAACCCAAGAAUUAAGGUCUAAAGUACACGAGUAUUCCUUGAAGGCCGGUUCCUACGAUGACUUGCAAAGGGAUUUUGAGAAGAAACUUUCUAUCAUCAAGAGUGAUUUAGAAUCACAGGUUAAAAUCAAUGAUGACCUUCAAAAGAAUUACCAAACGAAAUUAACCGAAUGUGACUACUUAAGAGUUGAGGUUGCUUCUGAAAAACAACGAUGUGAUGAUUUGAAAUCACAAUUUGACCUCAUCCAAGGUGAGCUUAUUUCGAAUCAAGAAAAGUUGAGGGUUAAUGAAGAAGCUUUGUCUGAGUUGAAAGCUAAUAGAAAUGAAGAGUUGGAAGCACUCAAUAUCAGGCUUAAAGAUCUACAAUAUCAAUAUGAUCUUGCUCUCAAUCAGUUAGAGUUGAAGAGCUCCAACAAGGACCUAGAAGCAUCUGAGAAUAAUGAAGAUUUAAGAGAAGUGGUGGGAUUUUUGCGUCGCGAAAAAGAGGCAGCAGAAGUCAGAGCUAUCACUCUUGCUGAUGAACAGAAACAAUUGAAAACCCGUAUUGAGCACCUUGAUUCAGAAUUGAAUGCUUCGAGAUCACAGAUACUGAGGUUGGAAAGUGCCAAGAUUCAGCUUGAAGAUACAAGCAAAGAUCACUCUCGCUUAAUGGAACAACUUGAACAACUCAAUAUUUUGCGCGAGAGUAACACUACUUUGCGGAAUGAGAACAAGAGUCAUAUAGAGAUUAUUAGCCAACUCAAGGAUGAACUUGCGCAGGCGAAGGCGAACCCUGUGUCUUCCUCCUCGUCGGGGACUGAAAAUGCAGUUAAAGAACAGGAAAGAAGACUACUUGCUGAAGAAAAUGCUAGGUUGAAGAACCAGCUUAAUAAUAACGAGGAGCUCAAAAAUUUGAUGCAGAGAUUUGAGAACCUCAAAAAUGAGUUUAAAACUAAACUUCAGGGCCAUAGAACCAAAAACAAAGAAUUGGAAAAACAACUUGCUGAUUCACGCGCGUCUCUUGAAGCUACCCAAAAGGAACUCAAUGUUGUCAAAGAACAAAAUCUGGACUCCGAAACUGUUUCUACACUCAAAGAACAAUUGAACAAACUCGAAAAUAUGCUGGCCGAUAAAGAUCAAAAGUUCAAGGAGGAAAUUACUCGACUUAAGACAACCUUUGAAGAUGAAAAAUCGGCUCUUCAACGCAAGUUGGUUGCUGAGUAUGAAGAGAAAUUGAACAACGUCUCGAGUCAAUCAUCAGGCGAUUCGUCUAAGGAACUAAGAGAGCAAAUUGAAAAGGAGAUGCAAAGCAAAUCCGAUGAAGCAAUAGAGAAAUUGAAACAAGAGUUCGCAAAAGAAAAUGGACUCCAAAGUACAACAAGAAGUACAAGCCAAAGUUAG